GAAGCUCAGCAUGCGUACAUUGCUGAUGGCGUACCUGCUGUUGGUAUUCAUCAUCGGGCAUUGCUUCACUGGAGGAUACAUCAGUUUUUUGAACAAACCGAUAAUGGAAGAGGCUCCUGAUACUAAAGAAAGACUUCUGGCGUUUCUUCGCAGCGGACGCUUGCAAUUCUGCAUGAGCAAAUACGCAUUCGUGAAUGGUGUAAUCACGCAUUCGAAUCACUCAUCAGUGACGCUGCUCAGAAAUCUAGUGCACAACUGGUCGCAGUUUAAAACAAUCACCCCAGACGCCUGUCUCAAGCGGACCAGAGAACGACAAGCUGUCUACUUUGGAUCAUCUAUUUACUUGGAGAACUACGCCGCUUCCUGCGAAGACCAAGUUCAGAUCUCCCGGGUUUUUGCUGAUGACGUGAUGUGCCCGGCAUCGAUAUUCCUCCCUAAAGCUUCACCUUACAAGGAACUCAUGGACAAUGCGGCAAUGAGAAUAAUCGCAACUGGACUGAAAGACAAAAUGGCGAAGCGAUACUGGGAUCGUGCCUAUCCCCGAUCAAGAACCAUUGCACCUCAAGAUGUCUGGUACCCGCUGCAAAUGAAUGUCUUCAUGCUUCCGUUCAUCGUUUUGGCGGCGGGUCUUGCUGCCUCCUGGGUGGCAUUUCUCUGUGAAUUUUUCGCUGCACUGUGAUGAAAGUGUUACGACAUUCGCCACGACUUAUAGAAAAUAGGCGAAUUUGCUCGCUUUGCACAAGGUUUCGUUUUUUUUUUCUUCAAUUCAGCUACAAAGGGACGAGCCGAUGCCAUUAUUACCUAAGGAAAACGAUAUCUCCUGACCUUUGUCGAUGCAUACUAUCCACGCAAACCGGCGAUAAAUAUUAUUGGUUUCAACACGUACACGUGCACGAAGUUCAAGCACUACGCGCCUAGCCACCAUGAACUGAACCCCGAAUAAAACUUCUGUCAUUACAGGCAACUCAGUUGCCCCUGCAAAAGUGUCCAAGGUGUCCA